AUAUGCUCUUGGAAAUCGAAUACUUCAGGUGACCUUCAAGAGUUUGAACUACAAUCCGAAAGCUUUACCACCACCACCACAAACCUCUGGAAAACAAUCGAAAUCUUAGAGUUUUUUUCAAUUUUUCCCAUUGCCACUCCCUCGUCCGCUUCUCACAAUCAACGCCUUUUCUACGAGCGACUCCUUUUUUGUGAAUGA